AGAAGUUGAACAGCUCUGCCGCUCUCUAUAUUUUCCCCCACUGGUGGACUGUCAGUUUGGAAGACCACAAUGGGACUUUGGUCGUUUUGGGGUUUUUCUCUUUUGGCUUUCGUGUUACUCUGCCCCUUUCACCCCAAGUUUGGGGCUCACGCGGAAAUAAGUUUUCCCACAAAGCUCGACAGAUUUUAUCGACUGGAUGUAACGCCACUGGACGCACGUGUAGCUAGAAAAACAGCGGAAAUUAAAAUCUCUCUAAAAAUCGACAACAGCACUAAAGUUUUUAGCGCUUUUGAAACAAACGAAGCCGGGGCUUGGAAACGAAACGGUGGCCAGCAACUGGGGAAUGAAACACAGAGUGGAAAUGAGUCACCGAUCGACAUCAAAACAAACUAUAACAGCCGUCUCCAAAGAUCUGAUAAAAAGUAUAACAUUGUCGAGGGCAGCGAAGGGCGAUCCCAAGCGAAUAUUAUGUUAGAAAAUCAAUAUUUUGCCAGAAGAAAGAAGGCAAAGAGGAGUGUGGGUGCAACAUACAACGAAAACGUGGAUAGGAGUAUAAGUGGAGAAGCGCAUUCAAGAGAGAGAUUUGUGCAAGCUGUCCAAGGUGUUUCCAACGCAAGAGCCGAGUACCGGCGCAGCGGUGAGGAAGCUAGAGUGUCAAACCCGAGACAAAAUGAACCGCACCUGGACACUUCUACUUUUGCUUUGUCGGGAGACUCGGCACACAACCAGGCUAUGGUGCAUUGGUCCGGGCACAACAGCAGCGUUAUCCUGAUCUUGACUAAGCUCUAUGACUUCAACCUGGGGGCUGUUACUGAGAGCUCACUCUGGAGAUCCACAGAUUAUGGGAGCACCUACACCAAACUCAACGACAAAGUGGGUUCAAGGACAGUUUUAAGUUACCUGUAUGUCUGCCCUACCAACAAACAGAAGAUAAUGAUGCUUAGUGACCCAGAGGUAGAGAGCGCUGUUCUCAUCAGUUCGGAUGAAGGGGCGAGCUUUGAGAAGUAUCUUAUUAACUUCAAUAUCCUGAGUCUGCUCUUCCAUCCUUCCCAGGAGAACUGGAUACUGGCAUACAGUCAUGACAGCAAGCUGUACAGUUCGAUGGACUUUGGGAGGAAAUGGCAGCUUGUUCAUGACAACGUGAUGCCAGGGAGAUUCUACUGGGCGGUAAUGGGGCUGGACAGAGAAUCAGAUGUGGUCCACAUCGAGACGCGCAUCGGAAAAGGCCGUGCUCAGUACGUGAGGUGCAGAGCCCAGCGAUGCACAGAAGGCAACAGACAGUACCUUUUUCCUGGACAUGUAGACACCAACUCACUCGUCGUACAGGAUGAAUACGUUUUCACACAGGUAACCAAGUCAGGACGAGCCAGCUACUUUGUCUCCUACAUGAGAGAAUCCUUCAAGCGGAUGAAAUUACCUAAAUAUUGUCUGCCAAAGGACAUGCAUAUUAUCAGUACAGAUGAGAAGCAAGUAUUUGCUGCUGUCCAAGAGUGGAAUCAGAACAACACUUACAGCCUGUAUAUCUCAGACUCCCCCGGGGUCUACUUUAUCCUUUCAUUAGAGAACCUGAGAACCAGCAGAGGACCUGCCGGUAAUCUACUAGUGGACUUUUAUAAGGUUGAGGGGAUAAAUGGCAUGUAUCUUGCCAACAAACUGAUGGAAAACCACAUAAAGACUUUCAUCACAUACAACAAGGGACAAACAUGGUCCCUGCUGCCAGCUCCUGCCACUGAUGUGGCUGGAAAUAACCUUCACUGCGUUCUGCCAUUUUGUUCUCUGCAUCUUCAUCUGGAGAUGUCAGAGAAUCCUUACACAUCCGGACCCAUCACCAGCAAAAAGUCUGUACCAGGAAUCAUCGUGGCUACAGGGAAUAUUGGAACAGAACUGUCCUCCAGCAACCUUGGGAUGUUUAUAACAUCUGAUGCAGGAAAUAGCUGGAGACAGAUUUUUGAUGAAGAGUACAAUAUUUGGUUUCUUGACAAUGGAGGGGCUUUGUUGGCAGUGUUACAUGCAGCAACGCCAAUUCGACACUUGUGGAUCAGUCUAGAUGAAGGGAAAAAAUGGGACCGCCACAGUUUCUCCUUGGCACCUCUGUAUGUGGAUGGGGUUUUAAUGGAGCCAGAGACUGACAAUCACAUUAUCACUUUCUUUGGACACUUUAGCCAUCGGUCAGAGUGGCAACUGAUUAAGAUUGACUACAAGGGCCUCUUUAAUAGGAGAUGCAUGGAUGGAGAUUAUCAGACAUGGUACCUGCACAACAAGGGAGAGCUCUGUGUGAUGGGUGAGAAACAGAUCUAUAUGAAGCGCAGGCCAGGCAACCGUUGCAUGCUGGCCCAAGACUAUUCCAGGAUCUAUUCCUCAGAGCCAUGCCCCUGCACAGCUUAUGAUUUUGAAUGUGAUUAUGGAUGGGAGCGCCAGGCAGAUGGGAAUUGCUCCCCUGCUUUUUGGUUUAAUCCAAAUGGUGCGGCUAAAAGCUGCAGCACCAGCCAAAGCUUCCUUAACAGCACAGGGUAUCGGAAGGUUUUGUCCAAUAAUUGUAAGGAAGGAGGGAGGAAAGUGUUCUCGCCCAGGAGGCAGCCAUGUCAUCCUAGAGCACCCCGAGGCCUCCAGCUGUCUACCAGUCAGGGAGAGCUCAGUGCUCCUGUUGGAAGCAAUGUUACUUUUAUGGUUUCCCUCAAUGAGGGAGACUCGCUGAGGACCAGCAUCCAGCUAGACUUUGGAGAUGGCAUCAAGAUCACGUACUCUAACCUGAGCAGGGCUGAUGAUGGCAUCAAGCACAUCUACAGAACGACUGGGAUUUACCGCGUGACAGCUACUGCAGAAAACAGCCAGGGAUCUGACAGUAGCACACUGUUUUUACACAUCACCAGUCCACUAGAGCGGAUAUAUCUCUCCGCUCCUAUUGUAGCCAUCAGGGGGAAGGAAGCUAAUCUGACUGCGGUGGUUUGGCCGAUCCACACCAGAACACUGACCUUCUUCUGGUGGUUUGACAACAGCUCUGAGCCCAUUAUAACCUUGGAGGGAAGCAUCUCGCACACAUUUCAGAGAGAAGGAAAAAGCAAGGUCACGGUCCAGGUUGCUUCUGGGAGCACUGUAAUGCAGGAUUCAAAAGUUAUAACUGUUAAAGAGUUCUUCAGGUCGCUGCUCUUGUCGUUUUCGCCAGCGCUUGACGAGCACAAUCCUGACAUCCCCGAAUGGAGGGAGGACAUAGGCCGUGUGGUGCGGACAGCUCUAUCACAGGUGUGUGGGAUUCAUGAAGAUCAGCUUCUGGUGUCUCUGUACCCAGGGCUUCCAACUACAGCAGAGCUCUUUAUUUUGCCUGAUGAGCAUACAUCUACUGAGCACAAGAGAGGGAGUGAAGAGGCUCUAGAGACGAUAUCAGAUAUUUUUGUCAGUGCCCUGAACCAAGGCCUGAUCCACUUUGAGCUGAAAGCCGACGUUCGUAUUACUGUGUUCAUGACUCAGCAAACUUUGGCACCACUUGUGGACUCAAACUCACUCCCCAGUGGGUCGGCCAUGCUGAUGCUGCUCAGCGUGGUGUUUGUUGGUUUAGCUGCAUUCUUCAUCUACAAGUUCAAAAGGAAAAUCCCUUGGAUCCAUGUUCAGACCGAGGACAGCCAUGAGAAGGAGCCAGAAGUGAUCAGCACAGUCGGUCAGAAUGACACCAUGUCCAAGGUCAAGCUCAGCGAGUUUCCCUCCCAGAAAGAAUUCAUGGAAAAAGAGAUGGAGGCCAGGAACAGAGGUGGAAUGGGAAGAAACAUGGAAAGAAUUGUUACAAGGGAAUUUCCAAACUGUACUAAUGUCUAAGACAUGAGCUCUGUUACUGAGUAAGUACUGAUUGUUGUGAUUCGACUGUGCUAAAAUAGUUUGCUUUACUGGUCUUUUUUGUUUGUUUUCACGCCAAUAGCUGCUAUCGUUCAAAGACAUGUUUUUUAUUCAUGUGGAUAGAAUAGGUAUCUAGAUGAUAAAGAUGAAUCCACUGAGCCAGACUACAGGGCCUCUAGUUCAGGGACGGUUAACUGCUGAAAUGUGUUGAUAAGUGCAGCACCAAACAAAAGGCAAGUGGCAUCAAGACUCCCUCACUCUUUAUGACAUGACAUGGAUCCUAUAUUGGAACACAAAACUAUUAGUGUUAUGAGUAUCCAGAUGGUAUUUAAAUAUUGUUUUACUCAUUUUGUAAAUUUAUUUAUUUGGAUAAUACAUGGCCAGGCACUGGAAAGAAAAAAAUACCCCAAAAGCUUUGGUAGUAUCCUUUUAGAGAAAAAGUGUGAGGAAUAUAUAAUGUAAAUAAGAAGGUUAGCAUUAAUGGACAGGUUAGUACAAGAAAGCAAAUAUAUAGGUGUUAUUGUAAUUUAUAAAUUCAACAUUGGUCUCCCAGUAGUUACUGUAAAGACAUAUAGCCCUUGGGGAAUAUUAGAAUAAUACUAAACAGGGCUGGGAAAUAUUGAUUCCAUGUAAUAAAAAUGUUUUACAACUGCUGUGUGGAUGCAGCUUUAAUGGAUAGCCAGCCCACAUAACAAAGACCUGCAUGAUAUGACAGAUUACAUCUCGCUCUUCCUCCAUAAAGACUCAGUCACAGUAGAGUAAAAAUAGUACGGCAACUUCCACAAGUGUUUGCAGUGACCAGCUGGUUGCCCAGAAGUUGAACAUGCAACAUCCUCAACCUCUAUCUCUAAACAAUUGUAGCCUGACUCAGACUGACUGCAGUCAGUCUCAGACAGGCUGGCAAAUGUUUGCAAAUAAUUGCCAUCUAAUUUAUAAACACGGAGACACUGCAACACAUUGCAAUCAAUCUGAGUCAGUCUGCACCAAUAAGACCAACUCGUCUGCAACGUAUCUCUUUGAAAUAGGAGACUCGACUCAUUUGGUUGCCAACCAGUGGAAUUCUGGUUAUAUUCCUAUAUUAAAGCAAGGUUACUGAGCAUCUGUGUCCUUUUUCACUUAAAUUGGUGUCUUGCAGCAACCACGCCACUAUUUAUAGAGGAAUUUCUGUUUGAGAUCUAUGAGGUUCUGGCUGAACUCUGUAAAUAGUUUGUGUGAAUUUCUUUUUAAUGUGAAUUUCUGUGUAUGUAGAUGGCAACAGAUUUGCAAAUUUUGGUGGUUUAUCACAAACAGAUUGCAUGUCAAUGCCAACUUGAUUAUUUAACUGAAAGCAGACUGACUCCAUCUUAUUGCCAUUUUAUUGCUGGCUUGAUGCACCAAAGUGGCUUUGAUGAUGGCAACUGACUGCAAGUGGUUGCAGACCUGGUCUCCAUCUUUAAAGCAACCAUUUCAGGCAACAAGAUCACAAGUUCAUUGCACAAUUUUGGUCCAUGCCAUGGUCUUCAGCCACUGUUUUCCAGAGUGUGACUGUAGCAUGAGACAGAAAUCUAAUAGAUUGUUUGAUUUAUUUUUUAAUCAUAGAAUUUAUUCUAUUAACCUCUUAAACUUUCUGCUUCAGCUAAACAUCACCACCCUAAAUACUAGAGGUCUUUGAGUUGUAAAUAUAAUGCUUAUGUAUACAUAUGUGACUGUUGGUGAUGCUUAUAAGGCAGGGAUGUGUGGAUCCGCUCCAUAAGAUAACAUGGUGCUUUCAAUGACUGUUUCUCAGAUUAUGGUACACAACAUGAAAGUCUGGCCUGGAAGUGGAAAUACUGACAACUUGUACAUAGAAUAAGAUGGAAAUUAAAUCUGUACGCUAGCAUCUUCAUACUUUGUUGUUAAGGCAGCCCACUGAGCAGGCAGUUGUGUGUUUCCACGUUUUUACGUCUCACAACAAGAUCUAUGUCCACUUUUUUAUUUUAUUUAUUUAUUUAUUUUUACAGUAGCAUGCCCUAAUUAUCUGUGAUAAAACAGUAUAAAAGACUUUUUUUUUUUGCGGGGUGAGCGAGUACUGUAUACUGUAUAUAUCAUUGUGAUUUUAAAGUUUACUUGACACAUUAAACAAAACUAUUAAACACCUUGUCUUAUAGUCUAGUUGUGCAUUUGCCCAAAGUUGUGCAUGAAACAUUCUAUGAUAUUGUUCCUUUUUGUCAAUUAUAUGAAAACCAUCUUGU